GCUCGAGCAGCCUGUGGAGGGACUUCUGCUAUCAGAAGGCGAGGAAAAGUUUUGACAAGUGGACCUGCGGGCGGUUUUCUCUCGACAGCUGCGACGGUACCUCUACUCUCUUCCAAUCUAGCGGAACGCUUCCCUGCGCGGGUGAGAGGCUGUACGAUCCUCGGCAGUGUUCUGAGACUGUACGGCCCCGAUACCCCUUCUCCUGCUGCGGGCUCCCCAGCCCAGAUUUCCGGACUGAUCCGAGCGGUUCUCUCGGCACUGGGCUCCUACUGAACUGCGCAUUUGGGACUAAUAACCGGCUCUUUUUUCUUUUUUGCGUUUUCAAAAUCAAUAACAAACUUCUAUUGACUCAAGUUGGACUUAACAAAGACUGAAGGAGUUACAGAACUGCGACUGAGAUUACCUCCAAACAUGACAGCUGAUAAGGAGAAAAAGAGGAGCACCUCAGAGCGGCGUAAGGAGAAGUCACGUGAUGCGGCGCGCUGCAGGCGGAGCAAAGAGACAGAGGUGUUCUACGAGCUGGCCCACCAGCUGCCCCUGCCUCACAGCGUCAGCUCCCACCUGGACAAGGCCUCCAUCAUGAGGCUGGCCAUAAGCUUCCUGCGCACACGCAAGCUGCUCACCACAAGCCGCAGCAGCUGUGACAGCGAGGAGGACAGGCUCAUGGACAAUCUGUACCUGAAGUCUCUGGAGGGCUUCGUCACAGUGGUAACGUCAGAUGGCGACAUGAUCUUCCUGUCCGAGAACAUCAACAAAUUCAUGGGCCUCACGCAGGUGGAGCUCACAGGUCACAGCAUCUUUGACUUUACCCACCCAUGUGACCACGAGGAGAUAAGAGAAAACCUUAGUCUGAAGUCAGCAGGGAGCUUCUGUAAAAAAGGCAAAGACCAGAGCACAGAGCGAGACUUCUUCAUGAGGAUGAAAUGCACAGUGACCAACAGAGGACGUACCGUCAACCUCAAGUCAGCAAGCUGGAAGGUGUUGCACUGCACCGGCCAACUGAAGAUGUACGACGGCUGCCAAUCGCAGGUUCUCUGCAGCUAUAAGGAGCCUCCGCUCACCUGCGCCAUCCUGAUGUGCGAACCCAUCCCACAUCCGUCCAACAUCGACGGGCCGCUGGACAGCAAGACGUUCCUGAGCCGACACAGCAUGGACAUGAAGUUCACCUACUGUGAUGAAAAGGUGACAGAGUUGAUGGGUUACACUCCCGAGGACCUGCUGGGUCGAUCGGUCUAUGAGUUCUACCACGCCCUUGACUCAGACAGCAUCACCAAGAGCCACCAUAACUUGUGCAGCAAGGGUCAGGCUGUGAGCGGUCAGUACCGUAUGCUGGCCAAGAAUGGUGGCUACAUCUGGGUGGAAACUCGGGGAACUGUCAUUUACAACAGCCGCAACUCUCAGCCUCAGUGCAUCGUGUGCAUCAACUACGUCCUAAGUGACGUGGAGGAGAAGUCGGUCAUUUUCUCCUUGGAGCAGAUGGAGGCGCUGUUCAAGCCACCAAACAUGAGCAGCUUCUUCACCACUGAAGGAGCCAGCGAGCCACCGUUAUCAGGAGCUUCCCUCUACAAGAAGUUCAAGACAGAGCCGGAAGAUUUGGUUCAGCUGGCUCCGACUCCUGGAGACACCAUCAUCUCCCUCGAUUUCGAUUGCACUGAGUUUGAGGAGUCCCAGCAGCCGGCACCUUUGACCUCAGUGUCUUCUUCACCCAUCCCCCUUCCUGGAUCUCCGUGUUGGACAAUCGAGAGCCAAAAGCUGGCUUCUGUGGCUACAGCUCAGACCCUGGCUCUAGCUCCUGGGGACGCACCUAACGGAGCCAGGGCGUUCACCGUGCAACAGAAACCUCCACCGGGCAGCACCACACCGAGCCUCAGCAGCUGCUCCACGCCCAGCAGCCCAGGUGACUACUACAGCUCAGUGGAGAGUGACCUGAGGGUGGAGCUCACUGAGAAGCUGUUUGCUCUGGAGGCUGAGGGAAACGACAGCACUGCACAUACAGAGGAGGACUUGAGUGACUUGGAUUUGGAGACUCUGGCCCCUUACAUCCCAAUGGACGGAGAGGACUUCCAACUCAAUCCAAUCAUUCCGGAGACGGAGCCCCUGGAAGCGGCUCAAACGGGCUCUCUAGGGAGCCUGAGCAACCUUAGCAUCCACCAGAGCUGCAAUAAUGUAGCCAGCCUCUUCCAACCUCUCACUGCCUCCCCUCAGCCUCAGAACCGCUACCAACCGCAAGCAUCCUGGGCCACGGGUGGGAGGAGAGGUGCCAUGGAAACGCGACAAAGGCCAUGCAUGAUGCCCCCCAUACGGAGCCUCCCUUUCCGAGGCCUGGCUGGCACACCGCUGUCUUCCAUGCAGUGGCCUCCAGACCCAAUAAUAACCUAUCAACAGCAGCAACAUCUGCCGAAGGCCUGUCUGAUUGACAACAUAUUGGGCGAAGAGCAGCCGUCCUGCCAGCAGAACAUAUCACACCAAGUACACAAACAGAGGUCCAUUGAUAAUUUUGUGGAAGCCUACAAAGACCUGGAUCCAGCAAGUGUGGCCAUGAAGAACAGCAUCAAACGUUCUUUCAACCAGAUGGCGCUGGGCGAAAGAAAGCUGACGGAUGCCAUAAGGAAGAAGAUGAGGGGCUAUGGCUGCAUGGACCGCUCCCUUAGUGCAGGGUCACUCACAGAGUCGGCGAUGAUGGGAUGGAUGAUUCCAGGCAUCGGACCCCCGUUCCCCGCCUCGCUGCAACAACACAGGACGUCACGGUAUCCAGGGGACGGAAAUAGUGGACCAAACGAAAAACCCUUUUCCAGAAAGAGCUGCAGCAACAUGGAAUAUAACCUGAUGUCUUCAGGCAUAGCGAGUCGUUUGCUGGGCCCUUCGUUUGAGCCCUCCUGCUUGCCACAGCUGACCCGCUAUGACUGCGAGGUCAACGUCCCACUGCAGGGCAACCUCCACCUCCUCCAGGGCUGUGACCUGCUGCAAGCCCUGGACCAGAGCACCUAAAGUUUGCCCCUUUUCACCGACUCAAACCCACCAUAAAGCCUGGCUAUCUAUCACCUCUGAGUCUCAGCCUGCAGUCCAUGACUUCUGCCUGUUCUCUGCCUGUUCUGAACUGUUGGGGCCAACUUCAGAGCCCUGAGACGAAGCUACUUGUAGAGCACAGUAUCCAUGACCACAUCCUGCUUUACUCAGCCCAACACCCUUCUUCCUGCCCUGCCUCUAGUUCUCAGCAUAAACUAAAACAUGCUGUAUAAUUCUAGGCCCAAGCUACAUUCAUGUUUUUUUCAUCUUAAAAUACUGCGGCAUAAACUGGACGCAGGCUGAGUGGAAGAGCAACCAACCAACACCAAACGGGUCAGCAUGGGAAGGAGAAAAAGGUCAAUGCUGGUAUUUAACAGAUUAUAUCAUGUUACUCUCACUUACGUUGUGUAUUAAAGUUUUGUCAGGAUGUCUGGAACUGCAGCUGCAGUCCCAGGCCUGCCUUCUCUUCGUGUAGCUUUGAGAAGAACAUAUUCUCCUCACCACACAUUGUGCUCUUUUGUUGUUUUUGUUGACAGACUUUAACCUUUCUCACCAGCUUGCAUUGUCUUCGAGUUCAGGCACCGUAACACAAAAUGGUCACAGCGUUAGACCUCUAUUAAAUCUACUUUAUAUUUUUUUACUUUAGCCUUCAUCGGUCUGUACUGACGUGAUUCCUUCUACUUUUAUUAACCAAAUUGAAUAUCUUAAUGUAAGUGAUGCAACACUGCUGUAGUAAGACUAGCCUUCUCGUGUAUUUUGGGUUCUUACUCAGCCAGCUAGUAGAUUCUUCUGUUUGUUUCUCAUAGUGAUAAAAUUACAUACACGUUAAAUAUUAGACAUUUCUCUCUUAUAUAAGAUUAUUUUGAUUGUGUUUGUGUUAAUCUAGAAUAGCAUCCGAAAUAACAACAGGGUAUUUUUUUCUUAUUGUGCCAAUUUUAUUCACCAAACUUUCAGCUUACAAAUAAUAAUUGUAUUUGCACAAGUUUUUACAUGAGACAAAAAAGCAGCAGUGACAUGCACAUAUUACUGAGGAGGGCAGAGAAAUACAGAUUUGUUUUUAUAUUUCAUGAUUCUCAAAUAAUUAAAUCCACAUGACUAUAAAUCCAUUACAAGUCAGAGAUAUCUUCCUAUCUUCCUUUUGUUUUGUUCAUAAACUUUCCGUUGCUUGUGGACAUUCAUUAGGGAGCAAAGACAACAUACCAAAACUGAGUUUUUAUUUUAAAUUAAGACAAAAUGAUAAAACAGCUUCUGGCACUUUGUGUUUGCUAUGAUGGUUGCUUGCAUUACAUAGCUAGCUAGCUAGCUAGUUAGCUCUUAUUUCAUGGGUUGGUGAAUCGACUCCGGGUUAGUUCAUUCAUUCAAAUGUUCCAGAUGGUUGUUGUCGCAGCCUGUAUGAACAGACGACAUGUCUUUGUAUAAAAUAUGGUUUUCUUUGUAGAAACUUCUGACAUCACUGAGUUUUCCUGUUAGCUGCAUACUUACUAAUCUGAUAAAUGUCCUUUUUUAAAUUUUAUUCCAAGCUAUUAAUCACUCGAAGUUAAUCAAUCUAAAAUUGGACAAUAGCAAUCAAUUUGUUUGUGCAUCUUUUGCUAUGAGUUUCCAAUAUAUAUUUUUAAAUCACUUGACUGAAAAAACAAAAGAUCAGUAAAUAAUUUUCACCUAAAGCAUUAAAUUUAAGUUUUAAGGUUUUGUUUUUUUAGGUUUGAAAUGUUAUGAAAACUGAUCUUUUUUUAUGGUUUGAUGUUUUGUGUUCAAUCAGCUUAGUUCAAAAGUAAAAGACUUACUUUGCAAUUGCAUGACAGAUAGGUGUGAAAGGAAUACAGAAGUAGAACUUUUUAGUUUUUGUUUUCCAAAUACUGAAAAAGAAUGAACAAAUAUAAUUGUGGAAAAAGCAGUUUUCUGCAUGAGGAAAAGGUAUGAAUAGAAGGAAUGUGAGAUUGUAAAAGAAUUUAAAGGUGUUUUUGACAAUUACUCAGGUUAAUCAGAGGGUGUGUGGAGGGACUGAAAUGGGCAUCAUGGCCAAUCAGGAAGGCACUUUAACCAUGUAGAAAUGUUUGAGGGUUUUAUGGGUUCGGCUUGUAGAAAAAAAGUCACAGUUUCUGUCAAAGUUUUAGAGCACUGAUGCCAGCCCAUGACUUCUGUGCUCACCGCUGUGCAAACCAGACAGAGGAAGAAGAAAAUAACAGAUUUUUCACAUUAAAAGUGAACGUUGUAAAAAAGCAGCAGCUUGUGACAAGAGAGUUGAUAUAUUUCACAGCUAUUGGACAAGGGCAGUUCCUGUUUUAUUCUCACCAGAGUGGCUGCCAACACCAGAGAGCUAUGUUACAGAAUAUUAUUAUCCCUCAUAAGUUCAUUUCCACCUUGAUGUCAGUAUGCCUUCAGUUAAACGUAUUUCUCUCCUUUUUUCUGUAUUUUUCUGCAUCUCAUUGUCUGUUUCCGAAGCUAAUGUCUUUGUGUGGUGACGACUUUUAAAGUGUUGAUCUUUGUACACAUACACGUUAUGUAUUUAAAAUUAGAACUAAUGUUGAAUAUGGUGUUUUUAAUGUUUAAUGUGUCCUGGUACUUUGUCCUCAGUCACCCCUCUUUCCAAAGAUUCUGUUUAGGUAAGAACUCUCUUUUGGCCAAUUCCUGUCGUCCCGUUUCCUUGUUGUGGUGUUGGGCCCCACCUUUUCCCUCCUUCACCUGUUUUCUUUCCUCUCUUUUAUUCUGAAAUAUCUGUUGAAUCUGUUGGCUGGCCAGUACUGUUGUUGUUCUUACUUUCACACAAAAAAGAGGAAAAAAAACAGAUCAGAGUAAAAAUGUUGAAUAUGUGUUUUCUAAGUUUCACUUUUCAGAUAUGUAGCAAUUUAAAUAUUGUAAGGACGGUGAAGUUGCCACAUAACUUCACAGUUUUCAAGUCACUUCUAUAAAAUAAUGGUGCUUCAUUGACCAUGUAUGUCAUUUUUAGAACUUUCCAAGUUUUGGACCGACCAACACAGAAGUUUUUUGAUGUUCUCCUUAUUGUUGUUUUUUUUUGUUGUUGUUGUUGUUGUUGUUGUUGUAAUUAGUAUUAUUUGAACACAUACAAUGUGCCUUAUCAUGACAUUAUGUAUUGAGUUCACCCUUCAAGUGCACAGUUUCCUCCCUCCAAAAAGUCGACUAAAUCCUUCAGCUUCCACAGUUGCUAAUUAACAAAUAACUUUUAAAAUAUUUUUGAUAACUCUGCUCCAACAAAAUAUUUGUGAAACAACAGUUGCCUUAUUGUUGUUAGCAUGGGCCGGUUAUCGCUACCAGCUAAAAAUUUUCAAAAGGACUGGAGAUUCAAGUGAGAUAUUUGUAAAGUGGCAACCUGCAGGCUAGCCAGAUUAUCAGGUUAGUGUUGUUCAUAAGGAGCAGAAGAGACCCAAAGGGCUUAUUAACAGCUCUUUGGGAUGUUAAUAAGCUUUUAUUUCCCAAUUAUCAAAUGUUAUGAUAAUUGGGAAAUAUAAGCCAGUAUCACACAUGUUAUUGCAGAUUUUAUGCUGCAAAAAUAACCUCAUCUUACUUCAGAGUAAAUAAAACUAUGUUCUGUUCAAUGCUACUAAUGUGAAUUUCAUUUAUAUCACACGCAUCUGAGGAACAAAAUGGAAGACACAUAUUCACCAUUUCAAAUUAACACACUUCCUGUUUGUGGUCAGGUUUGGUCAAAACUAAAUACAAUAAACCAAAAAAAAAUCUAAGUACCCCAUCAUGUAAACAUAAAUGCAACCUUCAGGUGUUAUGAUUUUAUUUUUAAGCAUUGGUGGUACCAUUCUGUGUCUGAUGUAGGCCAACCCCCAAAUAAGAGCAAGAUUAACCUUCCUCUGUGUUUUCACACAUUCGCCUAAAAUAAUUACUUCUACAAAACAUGAGAAUCGUUUUAACACAUUCAAGUUUUUCCGCUUAGUAAAUCAAUUAUUUUUGUCCACACACAAUCUUGUUCUGUGAGUCCAUUUAUAUUUAGGGCAAGAACACAAUUUUCUUUCUAAUCAAAUAAGAUGUUCCUUGUCUUUCAAAGUGGAAAAAAAGUCAUAUCCGUUCCUGGAAUUAUGUAUAGAAUUGUGUAUAGAACGUAGAAUUUUUGAAUUACUCAAAUAGGUUUCCAGUAAAAAAAAAAAGACAAAAAAAAAAAGCACCUUACUAAAUAUUUGUUAAGAUGUUAGUUGUUGGAAAUAAAAGUGCAAUAUUGUCUAAUCACUAAGUUGAAGUUUGUGGAGACCAAAGAGAGACGACUGACAGGAAACUAGCAUGGUGAAUGAAAAUCAAACAAGAACAAGCCCUGUGAUGGAUUCUGUUCUUCAAGCAGUUCUUCACAUUAAAAUCACAUCAAAACAAAGAGCUGCACUACUAUAUGUGGAGAGGUUUGGCCAAACAGAAGUUAAAUUAGAACGUUUCCCUUGAGGAGAAAUCCCCCUCCCAUGUAGAUGAGCUUCUGCUCCUACAAUUUCAACCAGAAACAAAGAUUUGAGAAAAUUUGAUCUCAGAAAACAGAAAGACAGCAGUUUUAUGAUUAGAAAUGCAAAAAAAAAAUUUUUUUUUUAAAGUGUGGGAAGCAAAUGCUUUGGAAUGUAAAAUAGACAAGACAUUGGCAUUGUAUUUAACUCAACAUACUGUGCUCCUUGAAGGGUUUUCCCUAAAAAGUGACAAAUGGAUGUGGCAUGAAGCCUUCCUCUUCCACCAUUUCUUAAUCGUUUUUCUUCUCUCUGGGAUCCAUGUCCAACUACUUGUUUUCUGCUAUUGUCAUACCAUAUAUGUGAGGUAAUUCAGAUACAUUUUAAUAUGCUAAAUUUCAUAAUCUUAUAUUAUCAUUAUUACUAUAUGGGGACUUUAACCCAGUAAGAAGUUUGUGUUUCUGCACUGAUAUCUUAUUAAAGCAUACUGAUCUUACCUAA